AGCAGUGGUUCUCAAAUGUUGGUGCUCGCCUCACAAGGGGGAGGUAGACAAUUUUUGGGGGAGAUUUCCAAUAUGGCUGGUGACUUUGAGAUAGAGCCUACCUUACAGCAGGCUUGUAUUAAUGCUAUUGCUGACAAAAUCGAUGUAUACAUUCAGAAAUACCCCCCAAAAAUUGCUCCGAGCAACUCCCCAUCUCCAGAUCGCGGUGUUAGUGGUUCGGUAAUGACAGAUACCCUUACUUCCUCUAGUGAUGGGCCUAUGGAGUGUGAAACACCAUGUUUACCGUCAGAAGAUUCGCAAGAAAAAGGCGAUUUUUGCGGAAUUGAAACCGAAACAAAUUUUAAAAUGUUGGAAAAUAUUGCGUCCCUUGAAAUGAAAUGUUGCCAUGACCCGCCAUGCGGAACGAAAAAAAUUUCAUCAUGUCAAGAACCAGAAAUUUUUAUUCCAAAUCCGAUGUCCGAGGAACUACUAAAAUCUGUCUGUAAAAAGGGGCGUUUGAACGACUCCGCGGCAGUGUUUUUUGCAGACAACGAAAAGUUCCGAAUACAACGUAUGUACCUCAAAAAGGCUGGACAUAUUCAAGCUAACGGAUUAAAACAACUUUUAAAUAACCACGUCUUACAUGAACUGAACGCUGCGGACAUCAAUCAAGUUCGAGAAAACAGUCCGUACGAGCACGAGGGCGAUAGAGUGCGAAUAACUGUCGGCGAUAUUGUCUCCGGCUUAAAUUCCGCAACAAAAGAAAAAUUGAUGUCGUUAAACGUGUCUGGAAUUCCAUCUGAAAAGGAAGACCUAAUGCCUCUUGCUAUUUAUGUUACUGUCAGCCAAUUUAAAAAGUUGAGCGUUCUCACGAAUAUCCGACAUCUAAACGUCAGUUACACAAAUUUUACAGAUACUGAUCUUAACACUGUGAUUGCCUGCAUGAAACAUCUCCAAAGUCUCGACAUCUCGAAGACGUACGUUCGUUCUAUUCUAUACCUCGGUGACAUGCAUGCUCCCAAAUUACGGUUCCUGAACAUGAGCAAUCUGGACAAACUCAACAUGCCCAAGGAAAGAGAUGAUUCUUCUUUACUUGUGAGCGAGUGCCCUCUGAGAUCUCUUCUACUUUUAAGUGAUCGAGGAAAUCUAGCUUUGAGAAAAUUUCCGUAA